CGGCGUCAAAAUGGCGGACGAUGGGCCCAUUUUUGACAUUUUCUCCAACAAAAGUUCGAUUAAAAUGAAUGUACGGAACUGUCAUUACAUAUGAUUCUUCAGGUAGGUGGUACUGUGAAAUCAAUGCAGUAAGACAUACAAGCGAUGCAGUGACGCCCUGAUUGCACUAUGGAGCUGCGACUACCAACCACACACUUCAGUUCACCUCUACUAGGGAGUUACAGCUUGCCCAGUCUUGCUGAAGGCAGUGAAGCUAUCAGCGAGGCAGAGGAAAUCCACGAGGUGAAGUCCCUUCAAGAAAAAGGUAACAAGGCCGCGAGGGCCAAAGACAACUCUAAAGCCUUGAGGUACUUCAGUGAGGCACUGGACAUUGACCAGGGCAAUGUGGGUGUCCUGCAUGACCGCUCCCUGGUCCUGCUGCAGAUGGGCAGGUACAACGAGGCCAGGGUGGAUGCGGAGGCGGUCAUCAUGAUGAGUCCCGGGUACUCACAGGGACAUCAUGUUCUCGGGCUCUGUCUUCAGCAGCUCAACCAGAAUAAGGAAGCUCUCAUUUCCUUCCUUACUGCUCUUGACCUUGACCUUGACGAUGCUGACAGACUGACCAAUCACAUUGCAUCUGUAGCUUCUCACCUGUGUGAUAUGCCAACAGAGUUCAGAAAAAGUCUUAAAGGCAUGGACGCCUACAAGAAACUCAGUGAAGUUGGGGUAUGCCUCUUCCAGAGCAAGAAGUUUGAUUUGUGUAUCCGAAUUCUCGAAGCGGCUCAGAAGUUUCAGACAAACCAGAAAGGAAUUACGAUGAAAAUACUUCUGACGAUGGCAAACGCUCACACAAGUCUUCGUCAGAGGGACCAGGCCAUAGGUCUGUACCUAGAGUGCCUCUCAAUGGCUGUUGCCACCCAUGACCAGUUGUAUCAGACCAAGUCAUUGGUCAAUGUGGCCACCUUGUAUCUAGAGAACGGGGACACCUACCAAGCCAUAAUAUACUAUGAGAAACUACUGCAUCUGAAAGCUGAGCUCCUCACAGAGGUGGGACACUGUGAAAACUUGCCUGACUUUUGGACGAAGGAGCUGCAGUGUGGGCUGCAUCUGAAUCUCAGCAUCGCGUACAAGUCAAUCGGGAAUAUGCACUCUGCAGUUUAUCACGCACAAAAGUAUAACGGUUUCAUGAAAGAGUUUGGUUUCUCAGGAAGAACUUUGGCCGAAUCACAUCACAACACAGGGAUGCUAAGUGAGAUUUUGGGAAAUUAUCAAGAAGCUCUUGAACAGUAUCAACUCUAUAUGAACCUGUCAAAGAAAAACGGAAACAGGAAAGGCAUUGCACAGGCAUAUGGGUGCAUGGGGACUGUGUAUGCUGCUUUGAGGAACUGGACGCUGAGUAUAACAUACCAUGAACAGUACAUCAAGAUGGCAGCCAAAUUUGGCGACAAGCGUAUGCUUGCUAUCGCAAAUGAGAUGCUGGCUGAUUCUUACAUGCUGAAAGAAGAUUAUGAUUCUGCCGUGAAGCAUUAUGAGGCAAUGCUGAAGGCAUGUGCUCGGACUGACAGUCGGACAAAGUCUACAGGUCUGUGUAAGCUCGGCAAUGCAUAUCGAGCACAGUCUAAGAAGCAGUAUAGCUUGUAUUUUUACGAACAAGCCUAUGACAUUGCAAAGGAUUAUGGGUACACAGACAUCCAGACAAUGGCUGAAUACAACAUCGCUUGCAUUCAGCAGGCGUCAACACAGAUGCAAGACAUCGAACAGGCCUUGAAAUAUUUCCUAAAACUUAUCCCCUUCUAUGAAACCAAAAUCAGAGAACAUGUGGACGAGGGUACUCACAGGCCGGCUGGGUAUGACGAACAGCUGUUGGAGUGUUAUGAUGGUGUCCAGUCUGUGUUAAGCAAACUUGGGAACAAGGAGGAGUGUCUUCAGUUUGCCGAGGGAUAUAGAAAGCGGACUAUCACCCAGUUGCCCAAUUUUACAUCCACUUUAGGGCAGACUAUUCCCAGUACGCUUGCCUUGCGUGAUGUGUGGACUGUUGAGAGGAUGAAUCGCGCUGUCAGUCAGCAGAACGGGACUGUUAUGUACUAUUCGCUACUGGAUUCAUCCCUGUUGCUAUGGGUACUGCAGCCAGCCAGGGGAUUGGUCAGGUUCUAUUCUGGGAGAGCAGGAAAGGAUAUGUCAAUGCGAGAUCAGAUCCAGAGUUUGAUUGAUGAAGUGCUGUCAGAAUAUGACAAGGAGAACCUCGUCAAUGAAUGUGAAAACAAAUCUCUCCCGCUUCCAGAUGCGGACUUAAAAAAUGUCCGCAGGACGAACAUGAAACUAGCCAAAAAAUCACCCACUUCCGACACCACAGAUACAUCCCAAACGUUGGAAAAUGACAAUUUUACACCGAAAGCCAAGAAAUCAGCACAGAGGCAGCUGUACAAUAUCCUGUUUGCUCCAGUAGAGGACAUUCUCUCCAGCCUGGAUACCAUGAGCCACUUGCUGAUAGUUCCGGAUAAGGAACUGUGUCACUGUCCGUUCGGAAUCCUUCAGGACUGGAAUGCCAGGUAUGUGAUGGAUCGGUUCCGGAUCACAUUUCUUCCCUGUCUGCUCCUACUGGACAAAGUACUCCGGAACGAGAUGGACCAUCUCCGGCACCAGGACCAACUAGAGUUUGACCGCUCCCAGUGCCGGAAAGGAGGCACAAACAAAGUGAUGGCAAUGCAGAAGAGAGAGAGCUUGUUUUCCGAAAUCAUCACACCAUCGGAUCUCAGCAUGUCAAGUCUGGAGAGAGUCAAUCUUAAGCAUGUCUCCAAUCCUAGACUGUACACGUCAGGGGUUUUGAGAACCCCCGACAAGGGAAGGAACUCUCAGGUAGCUUUGAGCAGGGAGGCAACUUUUCAGUCCCAGCUUUCCAGGGCAGAUAGCAAGAGGGGUGAGGCUGGUCCUGGGGGUGUAUCCUCAGGACUUGCCCAAGCCGUUGGUCGACCGGUGUCACCAGAGAAGAUGCUGAGCACCCAGACAUACACCACCCUGACGACACGGACAUCCACCGAGACGGACAUCACGACGUCAAGUCAGAUGGUGACGCUGUAUCAGCAGAUCAGCAGCAAGGAGAGAUGUGUGGUGUACGGAUGCCCGGAAAUUCUGGACAGCGUGGAGCUCCGAGGUCAACCCUGGAGACCAAGGUGUGACCUUGACAACAUGACGAAGGCGUUGCACAAAGUAGCUGAGUGUCUUGACGUCAACCCAGUGGUCAGCACUGAAGCUACCAAGCACAGCCUGCUGCAGGAUCUGCAGAAAGCCACCAUUGUCCAUAUAGCAACAUUCGGAUGUUGGAGAGAGAACCUGCUCGUCCUGACGCCCAACAAGGACCGUCUGGAGGGAGGAGUAGCCACGGAGAGGUCGUACAUUGUGUCCCCAGAAGACAUCCAUAACUUGAAGAUGUGUGCUCAACUGGUGGUCCUGAACUGUGGCUACAACCCAUGGAGAAGGGAGUAUAUCCACAGCUUCAGUCUGCCAGCGAGCUUCUUGGCUGCAGGGGCCCAGUGUGUGAUGGUGACUCAGUGGCAGGUUCCAGAUAAUGCCAUGGACAAAUUCUAUCAUCACUUCUACAUGUCACUUCAAAAUGGCUGCCUGCUGUCUGAUGCUGUCCGGACUGGCAUGGAGGCUGUCAGACAUGAUAAUAGAUUCACACAUGUGUACAACUGGUGCCCAUUCAUUCUGAUUGGGAAGGACACUGAGGUGAGCAUCAACCAGAUCCGACACGCGAUGCUGGACCAGAAGCUGGACCACACCGAGGCCACUGUGGAGGAGGAGACCGGUCAAGAGUAUCUCAACCCCAGGAACGUGGUCGCACAUGUGCCCACCAAGGAGGAGAACUUUGAGAGUCUACAGCGCCAUGUUGUUGACAUCCUCCGUCACCACCAGCACCAGCCAGGGGUCAUCCCUGGACUCAUUGACCUGCUGGAUGCUGCCUUGAAGCGUCUUCACACGGAGGAUAACAACAAACAGACGUCUCAGCUGUCGGCUGAGUUGACCAAGGGGGAGGGGAGUGUGUCGCUGCUGACGAUGCUGGGCUUCCACUUCCAGGCGAUGGGAGCCUCUCUGUCCGAGCCCUACAUCGUCUACCCUCACUGGAACAAGGAUGAGAUGCUGAUACCAGCCUAUGAUGCCCUCAGAGCCCUCACAGACAUUGUUGGGAGUGCAGAGUGCAGCCAGAACCUGUGUGACAUCCUGCCCCUCCAACAGGAUCACAUCUCACUGCUGGUCGACCUGAUGAGUAUCACCAGGCAUGCUCCGGAGCUUCAGCUCAAGGUCACUGACCUGUCAGUGCGACCUCUGUGGCAGAACACCAAGGUGAAGAAACUGCUGAUGUCAGCAGGAUUUCACCAGAUUGGUCUCCUGCUCAACUUCAACAAGGUGCCCGUCAACGGGCAGCUGUUGACAUCCCUGCUGCAGCUGUUGUUGGCUGUCAGCUGCCACAAGAGCCAGGUGCUACUGUACAGACUGGACGUCAACCUCCUCGGCCGGUCCCCCAGUCCCAGACAGAACCACUACAGUGGCUUGGACAACAUCAAGCUGCCAUCACUCACUCCCCUCAUCCUGCCCAGAAACCAGCUGCGUAUGAGCACGCCGUGGCACAGCACCGUGGAGCGUGAGGAGGAGAUGACGCAGAAGAUGAGGCUGGCUCGCAGCAAGUCUAACCUGGAUGAAGACUUCCAGGACUACCUGGAGAGGGCCAGAACCUGGCAUCAGAUGACUGUCACAGCUCAGAAGGAAUUGGCAAAUGAAGCACUAAAGGAAGUUGGACGACCAAAGACAUCCCCCACAAAGGUUAAGGUCAUCGCAGGAGGCAGCGCAUCAAGGGAGCGAAUCCCCAUUACUCAGGAGGAGAUGCUGAUGAUCCCUGAAGUGGACCAGCGAAGAGACUAUGCUCACUUCGUGCUCCAGCAGAGAGUCGACAACAUUGAUUUGCGUCAUAAGGAUGAGGUCAUGAAACUCUACCUGCCAUACAUCCAGUCAUAACAAACUGGUAACUGUUUCAUUGGUUAGGAAGAGGUCUUGAGACUCUACCUGCCGUACAUUCAGUCCUAAGAAGCCCUUCACUGUUUCAUUGAACUAGGCACCAGGAUGAGGUCAUGAAACUCUACCUGCCAUACAUCCAGUCAUAACAAACUGGUAACUGUUUCAUUGGUUAGGCACCAGGAAGAGGUCUUGAAACUCUACCUGCCUUACAUUCAGUCCGAACAAGCCCUUCACUGUUUCAUUGGACUAGGCACCAGGAAGAGUAAGGAUAAGAAUUUAUGGAUGAACAACUUCUUUAUUACAAUUCAGAGUGACAUAGCGGUGUAGGUUCUAACACCGUUAUCAAGCAAGUGAAGACAUCACUUGCUUGAUACCUACACCAAAAUGUCACUCUUAAUUGUAAUAAAGAAGUUGUUCAUCCAUAAAUUCUUAUCCUUACUUAGCACUCCAACUUCUAAAUGCUUAUCAAAGAAGAACGAGGAAGAGGUCUUGAGACUCUACCUACCGUACAUUCAGUCCUAAGAAGCCCUUCACUGUUUCAUUGAACUAGGCACCAGGAAGAGGUCUUGAGACUCUACCUGCCGUACAUUGCUCAUUGGAAUCAUAUUCAGCAUGGGACAUUGAGGAUUUCCAUUUGCUGAACUGAUGCCACUAACCUAUUUCCGGGCAGUCUAUGCUGCAUCAGUCUAGGUAAAGCAGGCUGGAUCUGGACUUUGGUGAAAUGAGUCAUUUUCACUAUGACCUCAUAAGUUGCAGCAGUAUCAUGAGGGGUACCCAUGGUUUUAUCCAUCCUGGGUUAGGUUUUGUACCACGAGCCUGAGACACAUAAAACCACAUGUACCCCUUGUGAUACUGCUACAGCAAAUAUAGCUUACUGACAUGUUUUAAUCUGACAUUGUCAUCUUCCUGAGACAAGGGAGUUAACUGACUUUAAAUGUCCAGUUUACCCCCUUGCCUAACUAGGCUGGAAUCAUGGAAUUAUGGAGGGGUACAUGGGGCUUUAUGCGUGGCGGGUGGUAUAAAACCUAACGAGGGAUGCAUAAAACACAUGUACCCCCCAUGAUACUGCUACAAGGAAUUUAUCUUACCGACAUGUAUGUAUAUGACACUGUAAAAGAAUUGAAACAAAUUCAAAAUUGAUCGUAAACAGGUGUUCGAUUGAGCUGAGGUCAGCCUGUUAUAUCACGUGACUUUCAUUGACUCGGGGGAAAAAAACCAUGUUUUUUUGCUUCGAAGCUGGGUAUAAGGGAUUUAUUGGCCUUUCAGAAAUCCAUGUGUGACCUGUCUUCUUCGUGGCGGGGUAUGAGAGAUUUAUUCCACCUCUCAGAAACCCAUGUGCAGCCUGUCCUCAUCAUGGCAAGGUAUAAGGGAUGUAUUGUCCCGCUCAGCUAUUUUCCCUCCCAGGCAGGAUACAUAGUAUUUUAUAAAGGUCACAUGAACAAAUCAGAUCUCAUCAUUCUGACACGGAUGUAUAAUAAUGGGUUAUCAAUAACUGCUAGAUAGAUACAAUUGCUGGGACCAGCAAGUAGCUUGAGCCUGGUCUCCAUUCUGCCAAUAUAAAAACAACAUCUGGUUCACCCUGAUAGUUUGUACUUAAUGAAUUUUCCACUAAAUCUGUAGGUCUGUAAUUUGUCAGUAAGAUCUGGGUAGUCCUAUUGUGAAAUUGUUCCACGCACUGUAUGAAGCUGUUAUGAAGUAAUAUGAUCUGUUUUGUUUUGGAUACCUUUGUAUUUUUUUCUGGUAACUUUCGUCAUAAAAAGCAUAAUUUUAAUCAUAAACCUGAUGUCAAUAUACAAAUUUAUUAUUUAUUUAUUUUAAUUUUGGAAAUAAACUUGCUUACUCAGGUAAUUACUUAUUAAUAUAUAUAUACAACUGAUCAAUAUUUAUAAUUGGAAUCAUAAACCAUUAUAUUAAGUGUCAUAUUUAAUAAAAGCUCUGUUGUAAUACUUUUACUUCAAAGGUUUAUUAAGUUUGACAUUUUUAAAAAGUGUUUUUUUAUUAUUUUAUCUUCUUGGUAUAAGAGUACCCAAAAAAUUGAAUGAAGAACUCAACUGCAAUAAUUAUUACCAUGGUUAUUCAAUAAUUCUGACAACUGACAACAAAAAUGUAUACAUCCUUAAAGUUUUGUGUUCUUGAUUGAGUUAAAUUGUCAAAAAAUCACUAGCGUUUCUAAAUCAUGAUGGCCAGUAGUUAACUCCCCUGAUUCAGUUUAAGAUCUGACAUUGUGUGCAUGCUCUAUAUUUAAUCUGGUACAAGGCCAGAUAAACAUGUCUGGGUCAAGCUGAAUGUGUACAUUAUCUGAUAAAACAACUACAGCGUCAUCAUGUAUUCCGAUCUGCAAUGUGUAAUGCAGUUUAUUCAUCCAGUGUGCUAGCCAUAGUGAGUUGAGUAUUUGGGUAAUCAUGGGUAAUGGGGUCACGUAUCAAUCGUGAUGCUUGUACUGGAGUCAUGAUACCAUGUAUAUAGAGAAACCUAUGAUCGUGGGUUCGAAAGCCUAGUUUGCCCUCAUUACGUUUCUAGGUUUGUCAGCACCAUACUCAUGCUUGUAAUUGUAAACGUCUAACACCUGCAUCACCUCGGGCUUUGCUCCCGCAAUAAGCUGACACGCCAUGAUAUAACUGGAAUAUUGUUAAAAGCGGCGCUAAACCAAACUCACUCACUUACUCACUCACUCACUAAUGUCAAACGUGAUAAACUGCAAUAUUCAUAUACAAUAUGUAUCAAACAAAAGUAGUUGUUUUUGAGCAUAUUCAAUGAGAAAUAAAAUAUGUAUCAAAUGUAGACAUUUUCUAGAUUUACUGAACUAGUAAAUUUCACAAUGCAGUGUUGCUUUAUCAGUGACAUAGAAAUUAGGUCAGUCUCAUUAAAACCGAUCUGUUACUCCUGUACGAUAACUCUCCAUGUGAAGACCUGACAACACCUCCUCUGUAGUCAGAUCUUCAUGGAGUAAAAGAACUGAUUUUAACGGGAUUGUGAUCAUGUUGUCAGACAAAAUGUCAGACCUGAAGGGCUUAAAGGCUUUGUCAGGCCACUGUGUCUUAGUCAGAUACCUAUAUGGAUCAGUCAAUGAAUAAGAUGGCUACAUAUGGCCAGACUUACUGUUCUUUAUCAGGAGAUAGUGUUGCUGAAUAUACAUAAACUGUUAUGGUUCUAUGGGUUUUAGCGUAUCUGUGAUAAAUUUGCUGUGAUUUUUUUAUUGUUUUGUAUACACUGAAGUUUGUUAGAAUGGAUAUUUAUAUAACCAGCAUUAUUUAUUUAAGCUUGUUUCAUAGCUGAAUUUUGUAAAUACCUUACUUUGAAUAAAAUAAUUGGUA